AAAAAUAAAAAAUAAAAAAAAAAGCUUAACUUUUCUAGAAUCAGAUGUGGAAAAUGAAAAGACGUGUCAUAGUAGGCGUCAAGACAAGGAGAAAGAACCGGUGUAUAUCUGCCGUUAGCACAAGAUGAACCCAUUUAUCCAUCUAUCAUCCACUCCAAUGCUUUUACCCUCUUCCCAAGCUCCAAGCAGUGAACCUCCACACUCUCUCAAAUGACGAAACUGACCAUAUCAUCUCCUCAAAUUUACCAACCUUGGAGCUUCGCCACGCCCUUCUUCACUGAGCUUCAGCACUCCACUUUCAUGGAUGUCUUAAAAGUUUGCCCUAGGCCUUGCGGUCUCUUCUCUUCACGAACAUCCUCUUGUCUGUUUCGUUCCUUUCAGUUGUUAUCACCGUUUUCAGGCCAUCACAUUCCCCUCAGGAAUAUGUUCAGAUUUACUCUUUGUGCUGGAAAUCAUAGUUCUCUGGCAAGAUCCCCAAUAAUGUCUAUGAAAAAAGGUGUGUCGACUGCCACUUUUGAAGGAUCAUGUGAGGUAGUUUGGACUGUUGAAGCAGAUUUGACAGAAGGCCAACUUCUCUACAUUAGUGGGGAAUCUGUUGCCUUAGGCUGUUGGGAACCAGAGAUGGCAAUCUUAAUGUCUCCUACCAAAAGUGCAAACAUAUGGAGGGCUGAAGUUAAGAUAGCCUGUGGUGUAAAUUUCAAGUAUAAUUAUUUCAUAAAAGGAGAAAUGCCGCCUUUAUCUGACAUCACUUGGAGACCUGGACCACAAUUUUCUUUGUCAGUUCCUCCACCUGAGAAGAAAGAAAGAAAAAUUGUGGUGAGAGAUUUAUGGAUGAGAUCUAAAACUGAAACAUGUCCACCUCAUGCAUGGGGGUCAUGGAUUGAGGAAAUUCCUAUUCCUAUAAAACCUUCAGUCUCAGUUCAAGCUAAAGAUGAAGAUAAGUUUAUGAAACAUCGUGAAAGUGAUCCAAACAAGUUAGAGCCAUUCUUGAAUGACCUUACAGCAGAUAAUGAAAUAGAACCAAGUCAUGUGGUUGCGAUUAGUGAUGCAGAGGAAGGAUUAUAUUCUAAUACACUUCUUUCCGAAAGAGACCAGCCUCUUGAGGAACCUUGGUUUAUUCAUUCACCUCUAUUCUUUCUCACAUAUGGCGAUGAUAUGGAGGCCGAUUUGUCAAAAAUUAACGACACCGUCAAAGAUGAGAUAACCAGGUUGGAGGCAAAUAAUCAGCAUGACCAAAUUACAGCGAAAUUCUUGCCUGAAGAAAGCAGUCCUGUAAUUUCCAAGAAGGACUCUGUAUCUAUUGUUAUAUUGAUUAAUUCUUCGAUAUGUACCAUGCAAAGGAUUGCUGUACUGGAAGAUGGAAAAUUGGUUGAGUUGUUACUUGAACCAGUUAAAAGCCAUGUGCAGUGUGAUAGUGUAUAUUUAGGAGUAGUUUCAAAAUUUGUUCCCCAUAUGGGUGGUGCAUUUGUUAAUAUUGGAAGCUCCCGACAUUCUCUUAUGGACAUAAACCACAACAGGGAACCAUUCAUAUUUCCUCCAUUUCGUCAGAGGACAAAGAAACAAACUAAAGGUUUAGUUUCUGGAGCCCCUGGUGAGCAUUCAGCUACAAAUGAAAUUGAACCUUCUUCGGAAGAUGUAGAGGAUGCAGAAGAUGAUGACUCUGAGGAUGAUGAGGUGCAAGUUAUGCAUCAUAACUAUGGGGAUUUUGAUGUUUUAGAAGUUCUUAAGGAGAGUGUGAAUGGUAGUGUAGUUGAUUAUGAUGAGCCAAAUGCUGGUUUUGAGGAUUUGUUAGACGGAGAAUACCACCUAAGAGAAGGAAGUCUUCUUGGUUCCUCUUCUUUAGAAAUAUCUAAUGGCUCUUCAGGGUCACAUUCCCAAGAUGUAGAGGACGUAGAGGAUGCUGAUGAAAAAAAGUGGGACCAUGUCCGAAAGGGCACCAAAAUAAUUGUGCAAGUUGUGAAAGAAGGAUUGGGUACAAAAGGUCCAACAUUGACUGCUUACCCAAAAUUAAGAAGCAGGUUCUGGAUAUUACUCACUCGUUGCGACAGAAUUGGAGUCUCAAAAAAGAUCACUGGUGUUGAGCGUACACGUCUGAGAGUCAUAGCAAAAACUUUGCAGCCUCAGGGCUUUGGUCUAACUGUAAGGACUGUUGCUAUCGGACAUUCAUUGGAGGAGCUCCAGAAGGACUUGGCAGGUUUGCUUUCAACUUGGAAAAAUAUAGUAGAACAUGCUAAAUCUGCAGCUCUUGCAGCAGAUGAAGGUGUAGAAGGGGCAACACCUGUUUUGCUGCAUAGAGCAAUGGGUCAAACACUCUCAGUUGUCCAGGAUUAUUUUAAUGAUAAGGUUAACAAAAUGGUAGUUGACUCGCCAAGAACAUAUCAUGAGGUUACCAACUAUCUUCAGGAUAUAGCUCCUGAUCUUUGCGAUCGAGUAGAGUUAUAUGAUAAAAGAAUUCCCCUUUUUGAUGAAUUCAACAUUGAGGAAGAGAUCAAUAAUAUACUUAGCAAAAGGGUUCCACUCCCUAAUGGAGGUUCCCUGGUGAUUGAACAAACGGAGGCCUUAGUCUCCAUUGAUGUGAAUGGAGGACAUGGGAUGUUUGGUUAUGGAACAUCACAGGAAAAAGCCACUUUAGAUGUCAACCUUUCAGCUGUAAAACAAAUUGCAAGGGAGUUACGGCUUAGGGAUAUUGGUGGCAUUAUUGUAGUUGAUUUCAUUGAUAUGGAAGAUGACUCAAAUAAGAGACUAGUAUAUCAAGAAGUUAAGAAAGCAGUUGAGAGAGACCGAUCAAUGGUGAAAGUCUCUGAAUUGUCAAAACAUGGUAUCAUGGAAAUAACAAGAAAGAGGGUUCGGCCUAGCGUGACAUUUAUGAUUAGUGAACCAUGCAGUUGCUGCCAUGGUACUGGGAGGGUUGAAGCUCUAGAAACCUCCUUCUCAAAAAUUGAACAAGAAAUUUGUCGAUUACUUGCAGUGAUGAAACAGAAGGCAAACCCGGAAAACCCAAAAUCUUGGCCAAGAUUUGUAUUGAGGGUUGACCAACACAUGUGUAAUUACUUAACUUCAGGGAAAAGGACAAGACUUACAAUCUUGAGCAGUUCCCUGAAAGUUUGGAUUCUUUUGAAGGUUGCUAGAGGUUUCACCCGGGGAGCAUUUGAGUUGAAACCAUUUACAGAUGAGACAGCAGACAAAAAUCAGCAUCAAGUUGCUAUUUCAAUGUUACGAAGAGCAGAAGGUGGAACUAGCAAAUCUGGCAAGAAACUGACUCUUGUUCCUGUUGAAAGGGCCAAAGCUAAUAGGAAAUAAGAGAGAGGGAUUUGUUUUCUAUAUAUUGGGCUUCCUCCCCUGGGUCUUAUAUGCAGAAGAGGAAAAGGAUCAGGGGAAAAACAAAGAGGUUACCAGGAAGAGGUGGUUUAGCAUUAAGUUGUUUUUCCAGGGCUUUCUAGCUGUUCAUGCCAGUCAAGGCGGGCUAGGUCCUACUACAUUUUUUUUUUCCAUUCAUUUUGUGUCUAGUUACUUUGCUUGGCAAGCGAAUUUUGAUCCUGAGGACAUCUUUCUUGACAGCAAUGUUCAAUGGUAUCAGUUUGAAAAGGUAGUUAAAUUUUCACCCUCAAAUGUAAUGUAAGGUCCAGGUGCUAUGCGUUGUAGUGGUCUACUAUCAUUUGCUGAGAAUUAAAGUUUUAUAUUUAUAAAGUUUAAAUCAGUUUAGAGUCCUCUACUAAAUCAACCAUUUCAAUUCUAGUUUAAGAAUGCACAAGGUAGAACAGCCCUGGUUCAAAUUUUGGUCUUAGAUUUAGCUCAAAUGGUUCGCCGAUCUCCAUUAAGAAGUGAAUUCCCACAAAGCUAAAAUUUAAUUUUCGG